AUGGCGAUUCCAAGCCCUGUUACACCGGGACUAAUGUCGGUGGUGCUCGGGAUUGUGCCGGUGAUCGUUGCUUGGCUUUACUCUGAGUAUCUUCACUACUCAAAACAUUCAGUCUCCACCAAAGCGCACUCUGAUGUCAACUUGGUGGCGAUUGAUAAAGAUUUUGUGAAAGAAGAUGAUAAAGCGCUGUUAAUAGAAGAAGGAGGUGGUCUUCAAUCAGCUUCUUCUAAAGCUAAGGGCACCUCUGUACAUUCUCCUCUCAUCAGGUUUGUGCUCUUGGAUGAGUCUUUCUUGGUUGAAAACAGGGUGACGUUGAGAGCAAUAAUCGAGUUUGGAGUACUUAUGGGAUACUUUUACGUAUGUGACCGUACUGAUGUCUUCAGUUCAUCCAAGAAGAGUUACAACCGGGACCUGUUUCUGUUCCUUUACUUCCUUCUUAUUAUCGUUUCAGCGAUAACUUCGUUCACGAUACAUAAUGAUAAAUCAGCAUUCAACGGAAAAUCCAUCAUGUACUUGAAUAGGCAUCAAACCGAGGAGUGGAAAGGCUGGAUGCAGGUCCUCUUUUUGAUGUACCACUAUUUUGCUGCUGCAGAGUAUUAUAAUGCAAUCCGUGUGUUCAUUGCUUGCUAUGUAUGGAUGACUGGAUUUGGGAAUUUUUCUUAUUAUUACAUUCGCAAGGACUUUAGCCUUGCAAGGUUUGCACAGAUGAUGUGGCGGCUAAAUUUCCUGGUCAUAUUCUCCUGCAUCGUUCUCAACAACAGUUACAUGCUAUACUACAUAUGCCCAAUGCACACGCUGUUUACUCUGAUGGUCUACGGAGCACUUGGUAUUAUGAACAAAUAUAAUGAGAUGGGUUCAGUCAUAGCUGCUAAAAUGGUUGCCUGCUUUGUUAUUGUUAUCAUCGUUUGGGAGAUUCCCGGCGUUUUUGAAUGGAUUUGGAGUCCAUUUACGUUCCUAUUGGGUUACAAUGACCCUGCAAAACCGCAGCUUCCCCUCUUGCAUGAGUGGCAUUUUCGCUCGGGCCUUGAUCGGUACAUAUGGAUAAUCGGGAUGCUUUAUGCAUACUACCACCCAACUGUUGAAAGUUGGAUGGAUAAACUGGAGGAAGCUGAUAUUAAAAUCAGGAUGGCUAUCAAAACAACUGUGGCACUUGUAGCACUAACGGUGGGAUAUUUUUGGUACGAGUACAUAUACAAGCUGGACAAGUUAACUUACAACAAAUAUCAUCCUUACACCUCUUGGAUCCCAAUAACUGUUUAUAUCUGUCUCCGGAACAUCACCCAGUCUUUCCGUGGCUACAGUUUGACCCUUCUGGCGUGGCUUGGGAAGAUAACACUGGAGACAUAUAUCUCCCAGUUUCAUAUAUGGCUCAGAUCUGGAGUUCCUGAUGGUCAGCCCAAAUUGCUACUCUCUCUAAUCCCGGAAUAUCCAUUGUUGAACUUCAUGCUCACAACCUCCAUUUACGUAGCUAUCUCGUACAGGCUCUUUGAGCUUACAAACACAUUGAAAACAGCUUUCAUACCAACCAAAGACGACAAGCGACUUGUCUACAACACGAUCUCAGCAAUCAUUAUAUGCACUUGCCUCUACUUUUUCUCGUUUGUUCUUGUCCAAAUCCCCCAAAAACUGGUGUGAAGUGAAGCGCGUUUGAACUGCGAAUCAAAGUGGAUAUUAGUUGAAUGGAAGUCAUAUCAAUUUGAAGAGGAGUUGAUGAACUACACAACAUGGUAGAUAUAAGAAGAAAAGAGAGGUAGAGAUGCAUUCAAUCAAUGUUGGUAUAAUGUAAUGUGUGUUGUGUAUAUUUAUUUAUUUAUGAACAAGGUCAAGGUCUUCUUUCUUGUUUACCCAUGUUUUUUUCCUCGUUCACGAUGGUGUAACCUUGUAUUACCAUUUUCCAAUUCAGUUAUAAAUAGUCGCAUCAUGUAGCUUUGUGAUUACAAGGUUUAUUCAGACUUUGGACAAGUUAAG